UGACGCGGAGCAGCUCCCGGUGCAGGCGGACUCUCCGCCGGUGACUCGUCACUCCGCGCUGGAAGAUGGCUGCGGCGGACCGGCCCCCUGUUAGGGAAGGGAUCCGGAUAUUUUUUCUGUGUGUGUGUUGGUACACGGUCAGCUCAGGGGGCAACAUCGUCAACAAAAUCAUCCUGAAUGAUUUCCCGUACCCCGUCACAGUUUCUCUGUUCCACAUCAUCUCUAUCGUCGUGUUCCUCCCGCCGCUGCUGCGGGCAUGGGGAGUCCCCACAACAGAACUGCCGAGCAGUUACUACCGGUGGACCAUCCUGCCUCUAGCUUUCGGAAAAUACUUUGCAUCUGUGUCUGCCCACUUCAGCAUAUGGAAAGUACCCGUUUCAUAUGCGCACACCGUGAAAGCUACAAUGCCAAUAUGGGUUGUGCUGCUAUCAAGAAUCAUCAUGAAGGAGAAGCAAAGCACAAAGGUGUAUGUAUCGCUCAUCCCCAUCAUCGGGGGGGUGCUGCUGGCCACGGCCACCGAGCUGUCCUUUGAUCUUUCAGGACUCAUCAGCGCUCUGGCUGCCACGCUCUGCUUCUCCCUGCAGAACAUCUUCUCCAAAAAGGUUUUGCGCGACACAAAGAUCCAUCACUUGAGGCUGCUCAACAUCCUGGGCUUUAAUGCCGUUUUCUUCAUGCUGCCCACCUGGGUUCUGGUGGACCUCUCCGUGUUUCUCGUUAAUGGAGACCUGGCCGACAUCCAGGGAUGGUCGGGGACCUUCUUCCUCCUCCUCAUCAGCGGCUUCUGCAACUUCGCUCAGAACGUCAUCGCCUUCAGCGUCCUGAACAUCGUCAGCCCGCUCAGCUACGCCGUCGCAAACGCCACCAAGAGGAUUAUGGUCAUUAGCAUCUCACUGCUAAUGCUGCGCAACCCGGUCACCAACACAAACGUCAUGGGUAUGAUGGCGGCCAUAGUUGGCGUCUUCCUCUACAACAAGGCCAAGUAUGACGCCAACAAGGAGAAGAAGCUGCUGCCAAGCUCCAAGCAGGACCUGGUUUCCUUCGACGACCCGGUGAUGGAGAAGCUCCAGGCCAACGGGUCAGUGCCUUUCUCCCACGGCCUGGAUCAGCAGCACAGCAGGAACAACGUGCUGACCGACCACUUCCAGUACAGCCGGCAGGCCUACACGACAAACCACGGCAACAGCCACCAGUACGUCGUGUGAGGGAGGGGUUUGCCCUCGCUCUGCACGGCUGUCAUAGACUUUGCUGUGUGGCCGCCGCCUCUCUGCAGCGGCACACGGCUCCAAACACCAGACUGAAGGCAAGUGCUGUUUGUUCUGGACGGGAGGCAAGAGAGGGCCAGUGACGCGCUCCGCCCCGUCUAAACUUCACUUUCUGACAGCUUUGCCGUAUGUCAUUGUUUAUUUAUUAGUUUGGUACUGACUGUAUUAGAUGGUCUGAGAGGAAACAAAACGUAGCCAUGUUAUCACAGAAAUAUAAAACAGCAGGAGUAAAAAAAGGAGGAUGAAUGGUUUGCACCGUGCCGUCUGGAAAUGUAUGAGCCAGCCAUAAUCUCUUGUCGGUUGUUUUUGUUCACUUUCAGAAGAUGUUAAUUUGGACGCUAAAUCACACCAAAACAACAGUCAUGUUACAUUGUGUAACAGAGUAGUCCCAGUGGAAGGCCUACCGUUUUGGUUUCUUCUUUAGGCACCUGUAAUGAUGUUUGAAUUGUUUGUCACUCUUCAAAAAGCUCAAGGCAGAUGGGACUUGUUUGUAGACAAUGGAGGAAUUGAAGUAACUGUCACCUGAUGCUAAGAUAAUCAGGUCUCUCCCUCUCACUGGGCAUUCUGUUGUAUGGGGUUCAAACUUGGGAUUCAUUUGAAUCACUUUGGAGAUCCACUGAUUUAUCUAGUAUCUCCAUGAGGUACACAUUUCAAUUAGUCCAAUACUUCUUUAUGACUAACUUUCUACAAAACUAAUGGCAAUUCCCAUCAGCCUCAGCUCUACUUUGUUUAGUGCUAAAGUUAGCAAACUAGCAUGCUAUACUAACAUGGUAAACAUUAAGCCUGAUAUCAGCGUCUAAGCAGCAUCGUCAUUUGUGAGCAUGUUAGCAUGGUAAAGCUAGCAUUUAGACUGCACUUUUCAACGUGGUAUAACAUUACAUGUGCCUGAUGAAGAAAAAUGCCCACAUUUCGAAAAUAAAUGUAUAAAAUAUCCAUAUCCGUUGAUUUUGUCUGCAAAAAAACGAUGCAGUUUAUAUUGUUGCACUUGGGAGAUGGUUACAUUCAGUCACACUUGUUGUCAGCCAGUGUUUUUAAAAGCAGGAACCUUUAAACACACAAAGUGUCUUUUAACUAAGAUAACAUUUCGGAGUGAGACCAGCUCUGUCUCGGAGCGGUCCAUGACCUCCCUCACAUCUGUCCUUUCCCCCAAGAAACCAAUAAGUCCACCAUUUGUUGUUAUGGAGCACAUGUGAAAAGCUCAAAUUGGGUUUACCAGAACAAAGUAUCAUUUUAGUCUCAUCAUGUAAACUCAUUUUAUUAUUAUUUCCUUUUUUAGAUUUUAUAGUUUGUAGGAGAAUCGAUUUACAACAGUGCAUUGUUUAACUGAUAAUUGGUAUUUAUUCAUUGAUUGAGUGAUAUCUUUCUCUCCUGCCAAUGUUUUCAGUCUGAACCAAAGCUGCUUUGUCACGUUGAGAGGCCGGGUUUGAGUUUGCACAUCAUUUGAAUGCAUUACGCAGAUAGUUUCUGUCUGUCCUGGGGUUUUUAAUCUGAAGUGUAUUUGCAACAUUAGCACCCAUGGUCAGUGUGCAGCUUCAAAAUGAGACAUGCAUGAAAUCACAGGUUUGGGAUUUUUUUUUAUUAUUAUUAAAGACUCAAUUGUAAUGUCCUGGUGGACAAGAGAUGUGAUUUGCAUUAUUGAUUAUUACAAUAUCUGAAAAACGUUCACCCUAGUUAUCAUUUAUUAAUGAAAAGCCUUAUUUAAUUGAGUUAGCAUGGGUCACAUGCCUUUCUUGUGCAGGAUCUCUGAUGCACACUAAGUAACUUACUGCAGCAAUAUUAGGUUUUAUAUAUAUUAUUUUUUUGUGAUCUCCGCAUCGAAUUCUUGUCAUUUCAUAAAGGUAGCAUUUAUAUACUGGGAUGUUUUUGUUUUCACUCAGUCAUUUAACUUCAAAACGUUAAACCAAUAUUUCUAUAUUUAGAUGUAUUUAAAUGACUUUUUAAUAUCUAUUUGUUGCUCUUGAAACCGAAAGGGCAGAGAAUUUAAACCCGUCUCUGCAGCUUUACGACUGUUUAGUUUUACAGCCGCACAUAUCUCAUAUAGUUAAAUGUAAAUGCUCUUUUUAUCUCCCUGAAAGCAGCCGUUUGAAACAAUUGAUAAACCUCCUCUCCUUCCCAACACAAAACACUGAGUUUACUACAGACCAGAGUCAGGUAUUUAACGACUAAAAUACCCUCUUUAUGGCAUGAUUCUGUGAAGACCCAAAGGCAAGUGGAUAUUAUUUGCAACAUCUUCAUACUAGCAGUAACUUGAAGAAGCAAAUGUCUGGAAAUACUUCUUUAUGUGGAGCUGUCAAGAAAGUUUCACAAGCAAUCAUGACCCCAACUCUAAAUCACAUAAUACUUACGGAACUUUUUUCAAACAGAUUUGUUCUUGAAUAUUUUGGAUCCUUUAACUUAGAAGAGCUGAUAGUUGUAUCACGUUCAAAACUAUUUUUCUAAAUAUCAAAAUGGGAAAUGUUAUCCCGUUAUCCAUCAGAAAUGAUCUUUGGAAAAACCAUUGGUCCUUAAGUGACAUAUCUCAACAUGGAAGCCUUUUUGUUAAAAAGGACACUUCAGAUGCAUCAGAUUGGUGCAAUAAAUCAGGUGAACUAACAUAUCUUACCCCUGCAUGAUCAGAUACACGUAUGGAGAUCAGACAAAACGCUGUCAUUCAGCUGCGAGGAGAGAGUAAAGACGAACACACUCUGAACUUAUCAACAGCGUAUAAAUGUGACUACAUGUUAAACAGCUGUGUGACAUCGACAGAUAACACCCAAACUACUCAACGAGGAAACAACACUUUUCGUAGUUAAAGAAUGUAAUGUAACCUAGUCAUACUAUUUUUAUUUUUUCAAAAACUUUGUGUCAUUGUAUUUUGCUGGAGCAAAUGUUUUUAAUGUCUUUUGGAUUUCUUUUUUUUCCUCUUCAUGUUGCCAAAAGCAGUUAGCAAUAAAUGUUAUGAUGCUGAUGCACCGCAAAAUGGGCAAGAUGUACAAAUGCAUCAACUACAACCUGUAGGACACAUGUUUUAUGAGAUUAUCCAUUCAUUUGUUUUCAGUGUCCUGCCGGCUGUUUGUUUCUGAGCUAACGGGGAGAAAAAUGUUUUAUUUGGAUGUUGGCUCUCCUGUAAAGAUAAUAACUGGGAUGUAAAUGUUAAUGAGUGGAGAAAUGGGAGUUUACUUUGUAAAACUUGUAUGAUUAUUAUGUGUGUGCAUCUCGAGGCAUACUUUUUACUUAACCGCUGUUAAUAGGUUUUUAUUUAUGGUGUAAAGGUACAAAAACAUUGAACAGAGGUGCAGCUGUGCACCUUGUCUGCUUCUGUUUAGUAAAAGCUAUUUUUAAAUGUUUGGGGGGGAAUAAAUGCAUUGCGGAAUAUUGAA